AUGACUUUGAAAAUAUUGAACCUUUCGCAGCCCGACAAUGGAGAUGCUUCAACUCCCUCUCCUAAGCCCUCGACUCCGUUCCAAUGUUUGAGCAAGUAUCUCUACUUCCCAAACAAAGACCAGCAGGACUGGUGGGAUAGUUCGGGCCUCAUGCUGAGCAAAAUGCUCAUCAAUGCAAAGUACGACGUGCACCAACAGUACCAGUAUUUGACUCUUUUUGCGCAGAACGUUGUACCCUUUCUUGGUCCGCUACCCACGGCACAAAACCCUGGACGCUAUAAAUCUCUCAUGGGCGGGGGCAGGACUGUUGAGCUCAGUUAUAACUUCCAGAAAUCAAAGUCCACGGCUCGCGUCUCAUUCGAAGCGGUCAACCAUGUCAGUGGAACAUCUCGAGACCCGUUCAAUCAGCAGGCAACCAACGAGCUAUUGCAAAGCCUGCAGAGGCUUUAUCUCGACAUAGACCUUUAUUUAUACCAUCGGCUUGUCAACGAUCUCGGUCUCAGUGCCAAGCAGAGACAAUCCUUGACUCAAAGUCCGGACUUGGAAAAGUUUCUUCCCAUUCGAUCUCAAAGCGUCAUAGGUCUGGAUCUCGUCGGCGGCGAUGUCAAAGUGAAGUUUUACAUGCUCGUGGCGCCCAAAGCUCUGGCUACUGGUAUACCACCAUCUGGAUUGCUUUUCCAGUGCCUCUCCAAAGUCAUGGGCAAUGAUUCCCUUCAGCAAUCUCUUUCAAUUCUCGAGUCCUAUAUGCAGGACAAGACGGUAAAGUCCCCGCCCCCGACCGGCCCUCCCGGUCCCCCGGAUGUUGAACUUACCGGCGUGUCUUGUGAUCUGGUUGAGCCAUCCAAGACGAGGUUCAAAUUGUAUUCGUAUUCACUGGAGGUGAGCCUCGCGAGCGCAUGCGACAUGUGGACCUUAGGCGGAAGAUUGCAGCAUCCUGAAAUCCUCAAGGGAUUGGAGAUUGUGCGCAAGCUCUGGUCGAUCUUCAACAUCCCGGAAGAACGACGACAAAUCCCCGACGGAUCUUGGAAAGACCCCAUCCCGCUGAUGUUCAAUUUCGAAAUCUAUCCCGGGGCACAGUACCCGCAGCCAAAGAUGUACCUCCCUAUAUUUGGAAUGAGUGAUCGAGAAAAGGCGCAAGCGCUGGUCACCUUCUUCCAGGAGAACGGAUGGGAUGAGCAGGCGCGGGAUUACAUGGACAACAUGAUCGCUUAUUAUCCCUCGUCGGAUCUUGAUCAAACCAGUGACCUGCAAUUGUGGUUGUCAUUUUCAUAUACCGAAGCAACUGGCAUAUAUAUGACGAUGUAUUACUGUCAUCCAUUUGACAUUUCAUUUUUCUGA